AUGCCCACAGAAAUAGACACCGCCACGAAGGAUUGGUUCCGCACAAAGUUUGGUCUGCUGGACGAGAUCACCCUCGGCAAACUUUUGCUCAUCAAGGACCUCUUCAACCUCACAAACAACGAUGUAUACGUCCAAUGGGAGUCCUUCGUUGUAACUCAAGGAGACGGCGAUAUGGACCUCAGCGCGCCAAAUCUCGACAGAUUCCAGCAUCACCUACAGAGUUCCCUAACGUAUGCUCACAACAAGCGAACUCCGGCGUUGAAGAAGGUCCGGGACCUUGCAGGCAACAAAAGAAAGGCACAAGGAUUCGACUUUUCGUCCAGUCCGCAGACGGUAGAUCCCAGUCCUCGGUUGAAGCGUAGAAACGAUGUUCCCAGUAGUGAGCCGUGGUCAUCCCCCUCGAAGGCAGAGGUGCCUCUGAGUCCCCGUGCAAUGGCUCUGGCCGAGUCAGAUACUGUAGUUGAGUCUUUGAAUCCGUCUGUAGAGGUGGGAGAAUUGGCUCUGUCGGUGCAGAUUGCUGCCAAUUUCGACCCGGAGAAGUUCCGCUUCCGUACCAUGGCGAUGAAGUUGUUGGAGAGUGCCGAUGUGCUCGAUGAGCAGAUCGAUGCUGUGAGUCUGCAGCUCCUGGAGAUCUACAAAAACAGUGACAUUCUGCUUGGAAACCCAUGCAUGAGCUCGCAGCUCGAUAUUAUUUGCUGCGGCCGUAUUGUGCCCGACUCGCCGCUCUAUGACUCCAUGCCCGCGCUGUCGUUGAAUGACAAGUCGUUGUUCUUGGAGACCUCGCGGUUCGGUGGCAUUGGUCAACGUCUUCCCUUGGACUUGUCAAACUUGAAAGAGUUUAGUUUCUUUCCCGGUCAGAUUGUGGGCUUGAAAGGCCGCAAUCCAACCGGCCGUGCGUUCGUCGUCCACGAGGUGUUAUCAUUGCCUUCUCUCGGAGCUCCUGUCUCCUCGCUCGCCGAGCUCACCGAAUCUGCUGAUUCGGAUCUUGGCUCCAAAGUUUUCGUGGCGGCCGGUCCUUUCUCGAAUCUGAUUACUUGCGACUAUACCAAGCUCGAGUCUCUCGUUACCAAAUUGAACGACGUCAUCAAGCCCCAAGUUGCGAUUCUUUUUGGCCCUUUUGUGGAUUUGGCCAACAAAUCGGUGCAGGUGGGCGACAUCGAGGUUUCGGGAUUGACUGCAAACCAACAACCCAAGAACCUCGACGACGUAUUCAGAGCCAUGGUGACACCCAUAUUGAAACAGAUUGACUCACUGAUACAGGUCAUUUUGAUGCCCUCUCUCCGAGAUGCUGUUUGCAAGCAUGCGUCGUAUCCACAAUCUCCGUUGGACAGAAAGAAGCUUGGUCUACCUAAGAAUUUCAAGUGCUUUCCUAACCCAAGUGCUUUCUCGAUCAAUGAAGUCAUGUUUGGAACUUCAAAUUUGGACGUUUUUAGAGAUCUCAAAGAUAUCUACAAGUCUUCUGCCGAGGACAGCUCGAUUUCUUCCAACAGGUUCGAGCGAAUUGCCAACCAUAUUUUCGAUCAGAGACGAUACUAUCCAAUAUUUCCCGGAUCCAUUAAGACAAGCAAUGAUCAAUCAAAUUCCGCAUUAUACGACGGUAUGAUGAGCGAGGAACUAAGUGAAAUCGAGGUUGGAGGCUCGUGUCUUGAAGUACCAUACAUGGGGCUCUCUGAGCUUGGAGACUCACUCCCCGACGUCAUGAUUAUUCCUUCCGAGCUCAAAUAUUUUGCCAAGGUGAUCAAGGGAGUUAUUGUCGUCAACCCGGGACAGUUUAUUAGGCCGCAUAGAGAUGCAGACCGCACAGAGGGCAGUUAUGUUGUGCUUAACAUUCAAGGUCCUGAUGCCAAUGCACCCGACAAUGUCGAAAAAGUGGAGAACUCGGAUUUGUACUACCACAAUGUGUACAAGAGAACGAGAGUGGAUAUUUAUAGAAGUUGA